GCGAUUUUCUUUCAGUCUGCGUGGUGGUUUUCUUCUUCUUCUUUUUUACGUUUUAUGACAGGUUUUAGUCCCCCCGGCAUUCACAGAACCUAGAGAUAACGGCAUGAUUUAGAAAAAUGAUUUAGAAAAAAAGAGAAAAAAUAUUUUUAGCCGUCUUUUCACUUUAACGGACACAGGUGUACCUCAUCACGUCGGUUGAUUUUUUUGUUUCCCGCUUGAAGGGACAGCAGAUGUUUUUUUUCUCAAGGCUCACUUCUGUUCUCAACCGACUAACUAAACUUCCGCGAGGCACUGCUGAAAAAAGCUUUCUGAGGCGAGGAUGGCCUCUCAGAGCGCCAACAGAAAUGGAGGAACUUGGACGUCCGACUCAAAGUCCUACAAACUGUCCAGCGUUGUGAGAACCAUGAACAGCUUUAGAAAAGAGGGUAGGCUCUGCGACGUGACCCUGGUUGUUCAGGGGAAUCGGUUCUCUGCUCACAGAGGGAUUCUGGCGGCAGCCAGUCAUUUCUUCCAUCUUCUGUUUAGCACCAGUAUGGUGGAGUCUAGGACUCAUGAGGUGGAGCUGAGGGACGUUUCCCCUGACAUUCUUCAGCUGGUGAUUGGUUUCAUUUACACGGCGCAAGUUUCGGUGGACAACCAAAACGUGGAGGCUCUGCUGUACGCAGCGGACUUUUUCCAAAUCGAUCCCAUCAAGAACGUUUGUGUGGAAUUCAUCAAAAGACAGAUUGAUGCAACAAACUGCCUGGAUGUUGCAGUCCUUGCAGAUCGUGCAAACUGUCCGGGGCUGAAGGCCAUAGCAGAGAGCAUCCUCAGACGCAACUUUACCAGGAUCUGGAAGACCAGCAGAUUCCUCCAGCUUGAUGUGACCACACUCACUCAUCUGCUGCGCCAGGAAAAGCUUAAAGUUUGUGGGGAGGAGAUCUACAAAGCGGCGUUGCAUUGGCUGAAGCACGACCUCCUCAGCAGAAAACAACACCAAGUGGAGGUGCUGCGCUGCAUUCGCUUCCCUCUGAUGUCCAAAAGCUUCCUCCUGAAGACUGUCAAAGCCGAGCCGCUCAUCACGGAGAGCAUGGACUGUGUCAAUAUGCUCUUGGAUGAGUUCCAGAUCAACUUGCUUAGCCCACCAGACCGUUUGGACCUGGGAGUGAUCAGUCGACGUCGACAGCUGAACAGUAUCAACAGAUUUGCUGUUUUUCAAACUUCCAUUCGUCCGUCAUGCCGAUUUUUCAACCCAAAGGACGACAGCUGGACAGAAAUCCGCUGCUCCUUGCAGCCUCGGCAGGGCGCCGUCGCAGUCUUCUGGGAUGGUGAAGUCUACAUCCUGGGUGGGUCAUGUAUCAUCGACUGCUACAACAUCAACAGGGACUUCUGGUACUCAAAGCUUGGGAUGCUGCAGCCUCGCAGCGGCCUGGCUGCCUGCUCCACCCAGGGGAAGAUCUACACCUCAGGCGGGGUCGCACAAAGUGAAGGCUCGACUGCUCUGGAUCUUUUUGAGUCUUAUGACAUUAUAUCAGAGUCGUGGCAGGUUGAAGCUAGCAUGCUAAUGCCCCGCUGUAAGCACGGGUCGGUGGAAGUUAAGGGGCUCAUUUAUGUCUGCGGAGGAAGGUCGAACGAUGGUCGCAUUCUAAACAACUGUGAGGUGUACAACCCCACAACUAAAGAGUGGACUGAGUUGUGCUCCAUGAGGGAGGCGAGGAAGGGCCACGGGCUGGUGGUCGUUGGGAACCGGAUCUUUGCUGUUGGGGGUUCGGGCCCAGAAGGGCGUCUGAGAUCAGUGGAAUACUUUAAAAUUGGCUCUUCUGCGUGGUGCUCUGCCACGCCAAUGCCAAUGCCAUUGGGCAUCCACGCCAUGAGGUGUGUGGCGGUCGGGAAUGUCAUCUAUGUCCUGGCAGAGGAUUCCAUGUUCUAUCGCCGCAAUAAGAUUCUGGAGUACAACGUGAAAAAUGACAGGUGGGGGUUUAACUCCAAGGCCAAACGUUUCCCCUUCAGAGACUGCCUCAUCUGCGCUGUCAGGAAAUGAAGACUCCUUUGGCUUUUGGCCUAUUCUGUUCGCAAGGUUUUUAGGAAACGUUGAGCCAUAACAGACUUUUAAAAAUAUUUAUCGUUGCUGUUC